AUGGUUCACGCCUUGAGAAAUAAGCCGAGCGAAAGAAAUAAGAGGAUGGCCAUCAAGACGGAUAUGAGUAAGGCGUAUGACAGAAUGGAAUGGUCAUUUAUUGAAGCAGUUAUGCGCAAGAUGGGAUUCUCUGAAAUCUGGAUUAACUGGAUAAUGAGGUGUAUUACUUCGGUAAAAUACAAGGUACUCAUGAAUGGCCAACCAAGGGAAAAUAAUGUCCCAGAGAGAGGACUACGUCAAGGAGAUCCUCUGUCUCCUUUCAUCUUUAUUCUGUGCACAGAAGCGCUCGUUAGCCUUCUUAAUCAUGCAGAGAACCAAGGAAAGAUAACAGGGAUGGAAGUGAUGAAAGUAGUCAGGAGAUAUGGGAAAGCAUCAGGACAAUGCAUUAACUUUGACAAAUCCUCUUUACUCUUUGGUAAACGGAUCAACGCCAAUGUCAGACAGCAGAUUAAAGACAUUCAGAAUUUCAGAAUGAAGGAGGAAUGA